AUGUUUUGUUUCUUCAAACCCCGAGGAUAUUCCAGGACCAGGAAGGGGUCUCGAAAUGGGACAAUAUCCCGACACUCCUCCAACUCAACAUCAAGGCUAUACUUUCCUAUUAUUCUUCUGCUUCUCAUCUUCACACCUAGAGUGGAUUCUUCCUGGUGGUGAGUGGUUUCUUUCAUGUGCAAUUGAUCCUGCUGAAAUAAUCAUAUCAUUUCUAUCCAAGAUUACAUCUUUCAUUUAAGUCUAGGAGAGCUCUGUCAUUGAUAUCCAAGAUGAGAUCUUUCAGUGGUUUUGGAUGACCAAUUGUCUUCUUAAUGAGCUAAUUCUAAGAUAUUCCAAGACCCUGCAAAAGUUAGCCCUAUUUAUGUUGGCUAUUUAGGAGUCGAAAAUAUAAGUGAGGAGAAAUCAUAUGGCCUAAUGCAUAUAUAAUGGUUGAAUAUGAAUGUAAUAAAUAAAUACAUAAUUAUAAGCUCAUCAUUAAACAUGCGAAACGUCUUGAACAUAGUCAAGAUCAAAUGUAAAGCAUGUUUGUAUUUCAAUUAAGGUUUUAGGGAAAUGGUUUAGGCCAACCUUCAAAAAUUCUGUAAUAAUAUUUGUUCCUUUUUAUAAGAGUCUAUUCUCAGUAGGCUACAUUUGCUUUUCACUGAAACCUGAGUUUAUCUCUAUGUUUAUCCCAAACCUGAGAUUGGCAAUUAUGUCUUGAAAGAUGUGAAUUCUCCUUGGGAUGCAGGAGGUGGGGACAAUAAGGUACACUAAAUAAUGGGCCACUGUUAUGUGGCAAUUUAAACAAAUUCAAGAUACACCCAAUUUUAGUCUAAACCUCCAUCACACCUUAGAAUUAGACCCAUACCCUGCUGGUACUUGUGAAGAGAUCGCAGCCAACUCCAAUUCAAAACAGCCACAGGGGGGAAUGUGUGUGGAUUGGAGUUUUAAAACAUCAAAAUAAAGAGAGAUCAACCAACAACAGCACACUGUGUUCAUGAAGAUUCAUGGGCUGAGGGACUUUCCACUAUCAAUCUUGCAUAUUGGAAAUGGCAGAUGCAGGCAGUGGUGGAUGAAGAAGUGUUCCUUGACGAUUUCUCUUGAGGGUAAGAACCCAGGGUGUAAAAAGGAAGUGCCUACCUCCAACACUCUAAUCAAACUGCACAAAACAACAUGAUAAAUCAGCUUUCAGCUAAGGGCAAAAUCUUAAUUUUCUAUUCUGUUCUUAUAGUUGAACUAGUUAAAGUAGAUUAAAUAAAUCAAGUGGGCUCAACUCAAAAAUACAUUUUAUGUAAAGAACAGUGAGGAAUUGUAUGACUGAAUAAAAAUAAGGCUGUGUGUGUAAUUAAAACAGUGAAGUGAGGCAGAGUGGGGAGACAUGGUAGCUCUCUCCAGACCAAGGGUCUAAAUAUGAUUUAUAUAGUCCAGGUUUUUUUUUCAUCAUGAUCGUGAUCAUUCAGAUAAGCAGCAACGUGUUCUCUGGUGUUCUGGACUGAUAGUCCUCUCCCCAAACUACGUAUGAGGCGUAGAGAUAGUCAGGGUCUUUUGGCUCAGCUCUCUACUCUCUCUAUGGAGAGAGUAAACACUGUGUCUCUGCUCUGCUUUCCUGCUAAGGCUCAGGCAACAGGGAAUGAAUGCAGAUUGUUGGGGGGAUGGGACAGCCAUAACUGGAAUGGAAACCCUUUUCUGUUGCUGUCUAGGUGGCGUGACACAUAAUGUAGCUGUGAUUAAGCCUGGCAGUAAUGAAGUUUUGUCAUCGCAGGGAGCGGGAAAGUUAGAGGAGCAUGCCAGCUUAUAGGAGACUGGUGAUUUAUAGAAGACUGGCGACUUAUAGGAGAACGGCGACUUAUAGGAGACUGGUGACUUAUAGGAGACUGGCGACUUAUAGGAGACUGGAAACUUAUAGGAGACUGGAAACUUAUAGGAGACUGGUGAUUUAUAGGAGACUGGCAACUUAUAGGAGACUGGUAACUUAUAGGAGACUGGCGACUUAUAGGAGACUGGCGACUUAUAGGAGACUGGCGACUUAUAGGAGAAUGGCGACUUAUAGGAGACUGGCGACUUAUAGGAGAAUGGCGACUUAUAGGAGAAUGGCGACUUAUAGGAGACUGGAAACUUAUAGGAGACUGGCGAUUUAUAAGAGACUGGAGGUUUAUAGGAGACUGGCGACUUAUAGGAGACUGGCGACUUAUAGGAGACUGGGGAUUUAUAGGAGACUGGUGACUUAUAGGAGAAUGGUGACUUAUAGGAGACUGGUGACUUAUAGGAGAAUGGUGACUUAUAGGAGAAUGGUGACUUAUAGGAGAAUGGUGACUUAUAGGAGACCAUGUCAUACUGCAUGGCUGCUUCACUGCACUCUGUGUUCCUGUUCCAGUCUCAGUGGUCAGGGGCCACUCCUAGUUAACUGUGUGGACUCUUCCCUGUCUGUGAAAGGGCUUCUGAAGGUCUCACAUUUCAUAACACUGUCCUCUGAUGUACCAUUUAUGGCAUGUUUCACAGCGUGGGAUUACAAUGAAGCGGGACAGAAUGGUUAAAUGCACACUUUGUAAGAAUUACUGCUGUUCAAUAGUCAAUUAAAUUAAUGAUGCCCAUUGAUUCUUGAAGAAUCUAUCAGACUGGACCUAACUUCACAAACAAUAUACAGUAUCUUGCCCUUCUGAAAGAAAACGAGAUAAAUAACAUCUGUGUUUGCAUAACAAUAGUUCCUGGAAGUUUGACUGGUCUACCACUGACAGUGCACCUGUCUAUCUGAUCUGCAGGUACAUUGGAGCCCUGGGUGCACGGGUGAUCUGUGACAACAUUCCAGGCCUGGUGAACAAGCAGCGCCAGCUGUGUCAGCGCCACCCGGACCUCAUGCAGUCUAUUGGGGAGGGUGCCAAGGAGUGGAUCCGCGAGUGCCAGCACCAGUUCCGUCACCAUCGCUGGAACUGCAGCACGCUGGACCGAGACCACACUGUCUUUGGCAGGGUCAUGCUGCGCAGUAAGUCUGUGUGUGUGCAUCUGCGUGUGUGUUUCCGUAUGUGUCUGUGUAUGUGUGUGUGUGUCCGUGUGUGUGUGUGUUAAGAUGUUUAGUAUUCAACCACUUGAAUCUUAGAUGAAAGAUUCACUACAUGAAUCUGAUACAAUAUGUAGAAGGGAUGGAUUGUUGUAGACUAUUACAGAAGCAUUAAGGGACUGUUCCAUUUCCUUUUAGACCUACAGAUAUCCAAGCCUUAAAGGGACAUUUCUAAAUGUUUCAACUUCAUAUUCAUCAUCUCCAGCACCACCCCAACAUCAACAUAUGUGCAAAGGUCACGUUUCUAUGUCUUGUAGUAAAAAAUAUAGAGGAAGAUAAGUGUUUGCAAUGACAUCAUCGGUGUGCAUCAUGUGAUUUUGACCAAUUAUGAGGAGGCAUUGUCUACUAAUUGUCUACUAAUUGUCUACUAAUUGUCUACUAAUUGGUUGAUUUCAUUGCAAACACUUAUCUUCCUUUAUCUUCUUUUGCUACAAAACAUAGAAAUGUGACAUUUUCAUAUAUGUUGAUGUUGGGGUGGUGCUGGAGAUAAUGAAUAUGAAGUUGAACAAUUUAGAAAUUUCCCUUUAAGGGUAUAUGCAUGUUAUAUACAUAUCUCAGUUCAACACUUCAUACAACAGUUUAUCAUCUCUAUGUACAGGGUGGUCCUCUGUAGCUCAAUUGGUAGAGCAUGGUGCUUGUAACGCCAGGGUAGUGGGUUCGAUCCCCGGGACCAUCCAUGCGUAAAAAUGUAUGCACACAUGAUUGUAAGUCGCUUUGGUUAAAGCGUCUGCUAAAUGGCAUAUUAUUAUUAUGCGGUCAAAUAUAUUGGCACCCCUUGCACUUUACAAUGGAGUGCAAUGUAGCAGAAUGUUCUGUUCUCUCUUUUCAAAACUGGUGUAAUGGCUAUUUUUACCCUGUAGGCACCUGCAACUUACCACAGGUGAGAAAAAUUACACAGUAAACAAGAUAACUUGCCUCCAACCAAAUUAAUUAGAAUUUUGAAUAAUUUCACAAGACCAUUUUUUUUUUACUAUGAAGUAAAAAAUCUCAAAUUCAGUUUGGAUUAUUUUUAUCUUGGUCCAGUGUAAAUCAAACAAAUACACAUGAGAACGCCAAAAGUUAUUUCAAUUUAAUCUUCUUUUAGAAUAAAUAUGUAAUCGUGCAAGGGUGCCAAUAUAUUUGGCCGCACCUGUAUGUUUCAUUUGUUUGCCACUCUCCAAUAAGGCAACAGGAGAAGCUACUAGUCUGCUCUACAGUACAGAGAGAAUGUGUGAACAAUAUAUAUACUGAACAAAAAUAUGGACGCAACAUGCAACAACUUCAAAGACUGUACUGAGUUACAGUUCAUAGAAGGAACGGUAAAUGUACUAGUGGUGAUACUGGUGUGCCACCCCCGCGGCCUCCACAAUCGAUUAGUCCACUCAGACAGGUGUGAAUCAGACAGGUGUCUCGUGUGCCAUAAUUGUUUUAAUAUAUAUAUAUUUGCCACUGCUCGACUAAAAAAACUUGGUCGACCAACAGCCUAUCGACCAAACCAUCGACCAGUCGACUAAAUGGGGUCAGCCCUACAUUAUAUACACUGAACAAAAAUAAAAAUGCAACAUGCACAAAUGUCAAUGAUUUUACUGAGUUACAGUUCAUAUAAGGAAAUCAGUCAAUUGAAAUAAAUUCAUUAGGUCCUAAUCUAUGGAUUUCACAUGACUGGGCAGAGGCACAGCCAUGGGUGGGCCUGGGUGGGCAUAGGCCCUCCCACAUGGGAGCAAGGUCCACCCACUGGGAAGCCAGGCCCAGCCAAUCAGCCAAUUAUUGCAGACAGAAAUACUCCUCAGUUUCAUCAGCAGUCCAGGUGGCUGGUCUCAGACGAUCCUGCAGGCAUGGUUACACGUGAUCUGUGGUUGUGAGGCCGGUUGGAUAUACUCCCGUGAUCGGGAGUCCCAUAGGGCGGCGCACAAUUGGCCCAGCGUCGUCCGGGUUAGGGGAGGGUUUGGCCGGGGGGGCUUUACAAGUAGGCCAUCAUUGUAAAUAAGAAUUUGUUCUUAACUGACUUGCCUAGUUAAAUAAAGGUUAAAUAAAAAAUAAAUAAAAAUAUACUGCCAAAUUCUCUAAAACGACACAGUCAGCAUGCCAAUUGCAUGCUCCCUCAAAACUUGAGACAUCUGUGGCAUUGUGUUGUGUGAUAAAACUGCACAUUUUAGAGUGGCCUUUUAUUGUCCCCAGCACAAGGUACACCUGUGUAAUGAUCAUGCUGUUUAAUCAGCUUCUUGAUAUGCCACACCUGUCAGGUGGAUGGAUUAUCUUGGCAAAGGAGAAAUACUCACUAACAGCGAUGUAAACAAAUUUGUGCUCAAAAUUAGAGAAAAAUAAGCUUUUUGUGCAUAUGGAACAUUUCUGCUUUUAUUUCAGCUCAUAAAAAAUGGGAUCAACACUUUACAUGUUGCGUUUAUAUUUUUGUUCAGUAAUAGUUUCACCUUCUCCAUGAAUGAGGAGCGUUGGAGAAAGUUGCUAUUCUCUGAAGACAGGUAGCAGAUAGAAAGAUCCACAUGGGUGACGUCUAAACAGAAAUAGGAGAUGUAAAUAUUUGGGUCGAUGUUUCUGGCAGGCAGACAAAGCCGUGCUCCCUGACAUAUCGCCUGUGUUCUGCUUCAUUGCGUGAGGAGGAAUGAAAACUAGAGGUGGGUGGGAAAAGCAGACCAAAUAACCCUGAAUCUGCUCUCCUCUCAGAUGGAAACAUACCUAGUGACUGAGAAAGCUUCCAUCUGUGCAAAUUAAAGGGUGAAAGGAGAGGCGGCGUAAAUGUGCUGCUAGCAGCCAUGUUUAUUUGUUCUACUCAAUUACUGUAUUGUGCAUUGUUUUUCUUCAUGGUGAUGGAAAGUCUACAGGUACAAACCUAGAGGACCAGCCUAUGUACAAUACAGUAAUGUACAUUUACAUUAAGUGGUUUGUAAGGAUGGUAUAUUAAUAUACACAAAAAGUGGUUGUUUUCCAUGUUAUUUGAUCAAGAAAAAUAUUUAAUUUGAUAUGGAUGUUUUAGGUCUUUGUCCAUAACUUUGCACCUUUUGAUGUAAAUGUUUGAGGACAGGGUUUUGGUCUUAAUGGAUUCCAUUAGAACAGAAAAAGGGACAGGGCAACAUCUCUUACAAUUCCAACUAUUGAAUCCUGCAAGAUACUGUUCUUAAUUAUACAACUACCUGUUUUGCCAAAGCUGAGAUGCUGAAAAAAUGUUUUUUGCCCGCACUACAGACGUCUAGAUAGGUCCACUAAUACAGGACUAGUAAAGGCCCAGUGCACUACUUUAGUGAAAAAAUAUAUUUGUCAAUUUUUUAAAACUUUUUUAUAUAUGCAUAUUUUUUUCUUCUGAUUUUUCAGGGGGUGCUGCAGCACCCCUACUUCCCAUGGCUGUGGGAACACAUCUACCCCUCCCUCCCUUCCCUGACCUUAACAGUAGCUGUCUAACAAUGACAUCUUCUAACACAAUCUCCUCCAUCAUGUCUCCCCAGGUAGCCGGGAGGCAGCGUUUGUGUACGCAAUCUCCUCGGCAGGCGUGGUCUAUGCAAUUACCAGAGCCUGCAGCCAGGGGGACCUCAAGGUCUGCAGCUGCGACGCCCACAAGCGGGGCCAGGCUAGUGACGACAGGGGCGAAUUUGACUGGGGCGGCUGCAGCGACAACAUCAACUAUGGCAUCAAGUUCACCAAGACGUUUGUUGAUGCCAGGGAAAAGAUGGUGAAGGACGCUCGGGCACUGAUGAAUCUACACAACAACCGCUGUGGACGAAUGGUGAGCGAUGGCUUCGGAGUUAAGGGGCAUUAUACUUUUUUAAAAUGUGCACUGUGAUGCAUCUGGACUUGUCACACACAGAAAACUGGCUGACAGGCAGUCCCUUUCAACUAACAUUAGAGCAUGCUAUAACUACUGUGUAACAACAUGGUUACUACAAUGGAACAAACAUUGCUGGUAAAAUUCAAGCCACUGUUGAACAGACGUUCUGUAAAUGCUCUAGACAUGAAUAGUGAGUGUACUAGGUUGGUCACAGGUGAGCCUGUGUCUCAACCACCAAUGAAAUUGUCCAACCGUCUCGAUUUCAGGCAGUGAAGCGCUUUAUGAAACUGGAGUGCAAGUGUCAUGGCGUCAGCGGCUCCUGCGCCCUCAGAACCUGCUGGCUGGCCAUGUCGGACUUCCGGAGGACCGGGGACUACCUCCGGAAGAAGUACAACAUGGCCAUCGAAGUGACCAUGAACCAGGAUGGCACAGGGUUCAUGGUGGCUGACAAGGACGUCAAGGGAACCACUAAGAAUGACCUGGUGUAUGUAGAAAACUCCCCUGACUACUGCCUCAUGGACAGAGCAGCAGGUGGGUCAACUCAUGCAGUUAAAGGUGUUAGGUACGGACAGGAGUUUUUCCUCAACACAUGACCUGACAGAGAAAACCCCAGAUGUUUUAGCAAUGGCUUAGAGGAAAGUAGAUGAUUCAACAUAAUAUCAUAUUUAGUCAAACGUAGUUUGAAAACAUAUGGGACAUUAUUCAAGUGCUUAUCACCAAACUUGGGGGAAAUAUUGCCAUCAGAAACCUAGUUGCUCUGAGUCAAGAGUGUUACCCAGAAGUUAGAUAAUACAGCGGCCUACUCCUCAAAUACGGCUACGAGAAUACCAGACUCAUCUGCCGAAGGCCUGCAUACCUGCAUAGCUUAGAGUUCAAUUAUUUGACCUUUAACUUCUCUCUAAUUCCAACUGAGUUUUCUCUGCCUUGGUAAUCUCUGUCUUUCACGCCCCUCAUGUCCCAUCACUUCAGCAGAGCGUUCAAUGAGGUCUAGAACAGUUAACAGGCUCUGGUUAUGAUACUUUGGGUGUAUUGUGUGUUACUGGCAUCAUCCUCAUCUCUGUUAGACCUAUGGUUAAAGGUUGACACGUAGUGAACUGCUGUUAAUUUAGAAGAGAAACUACACUACGCCCCUCGACUACUUCAAGGUGCAACAGGGCUGAUUUUAAAGGGCUUAUAGCUCUCUUCUCUGCUAAUCUUUAUUGUUUAGGAAUUCACACCCUAAGGAUACAACAGGGUAAUUUUUCAAAUCCUUCUGUAGUCACUAUUAAGCUCCACUCCCAAAUCCUAAAGGGGAUUACCUCCACUCACACCCAUUCUUACACCCCUUCACUCACGGGCCGACUGGUCUUUAACCAUGGCUUCUGUCUUGUGCCCUCUCCACAGGCUCCCUGGGAACGUCAGGGAGAGUCUGCAACAAGUCUUCUAGAGGCACAGACGGCUGCGAGGUCAUGUGUUGCGGACGGGGCUAUGACACGAUGCGUGUCAAGCGAGUCACCAAGUGCGAGUGCAAGUUCAAGUGGUGUUGUGCCGUUGAGUGUAAGGACUGUGAGGACACGGUGGACGUUCACACCUGCAAGCCCCACAAGCGACCCGAUUGGCUGGACCUAACCUGA